ACCGUUUUCAGUUGUUGGUGGUACCGCGGCCUAAAACCGCGCCGUGCGUUAUUUCAGUAGUACUAUCUCGCAUAUUUUCCGAAAAAUAAACAGGGGGAAACCAACACAAUCAUCUUUAAAUCAUGGAAAAACUAAUUUUUUCUAUCAGUGCGUAAUGUUUUUUUAGUGUAAAUUUGUGUUACAAAAAUUCUUAGUGCGCGAUUUUUUUUUAAAUAAAUAUAUUUUAACACUACCCUAACUGUGAGGAAUUUUGGUUUAAGAGAAAAUGGGGUUUUUUAAGUGGUUUUCUUUGGUCCUUCUCAUCGAAGAAAGUGUGGGUCAGUUGGCUUUCGAUCCUGGUCAUACUCCGGUCAUUGGUCGAAAUAAAGGGACCCGUUGUUACGACAAUUUCAAUAGGCCUCAGAGAUGUAUUCCAGAAUUCGAGAACGCCGCCUUCAGCAUGCCCAUAGAAGCCACCAACACCUGCGGAGAGUUAGGAGACCAGGAAUACUGUAUCCAGACUGGAGUAACAGGGAUCAGAAAAUCCUGCGAGAUCUGCUACCCCGGUCAGCACGACGCUCGCUACCUUACCGACUUCCACAACACCGAUAAUCCCACCUGGUGGCAGUCCGAAACACUUUUGGAGGGUGUCACUCAAGUCAAUUUGACGUUGAAGUUUGGUAAGGCGUUUGAUAUCACGUAUAUUCGGCUAUGGUUCUUUUCUCCCAGACCUGAGAGUUUUUCCAUAUCUAAGAAGACUACAGCUGAUGGACCUUGGAUUCCUUUUCAGUAUUACAGCGCCACCUGUCGAGACACAUACGGAUUACCCGAUCAGCACCAACUGUACUCGGGCAGAAUCGAUGAGGAUCGUGCUUUUUGUACGUCAGAGUAUUCCGACAUUUCGCCGCUACGUGGCGGCAACGUCGCUUUUGGAACGUUGGAGGGAAGACCGUCGGCCUACAAUUUUGAUGCCAGUCCAGACUUGCAAGAAUGGGUUACAGCAACGGAAAUCAUGAUCACCCUGGAUCGCAUCAACACCUUCGGAGAUGAAGUAUUCGGCGAUCCACAGGUACUCAGAUCGUACUUCUACGCCAUCGGUGACUUAUCCGUAGGUGCCCGUUGCAAGUGCAACGGACACGCUACCGAAUGCGUAGCUAGUACCGGUCCCAACCGUACUCUCAGCAGGGUGUGUCGCUGCGAGCACAACACCGCAGGACCAGACUGUGGAGAGUGUUUACCUUUUUACAACGACGCUCCUUGGGGAAGGGCUAAUGCUCAGGAUGCUCACGAGUGCAAAGAAUGUAAUUGUAACGGCUACUCCAAUCGUUGCAUGUUCGAUGCCAAACUCUACGAACUAACUGGACAUGGUGGACACUGUCUGGACUGCGCUGACAACAGAGACGGACCUAAUUGUGAACGAUGCAGGCCAAACUACUACAUGAGAGAAGAUGGAUACUGUACACCUUGCGAUUGUGACAAAACAGGUGCCGCGUUUCAACAGUGCAACUCUGAAGGCAAAUGCCAAUGCAAACCGGGAGUCACAGGCGAAAAAUGUGACCGUUGUGACGAAAACUUCUACGAUUUCUCCAAAACCGGUUGCAAAUCUUGUGAAUGUGACCUAUCGGGAUCACCACUAAACAAACCCCGCUGCGAUCCAUACAACGGAGUGUGUUUCUGCAAAGAGAAUGUGGAGGGCAAACAAUGUGACGUUUGCAAACCUGGAUUCUUCAACCUGGAUACCGAGAACGACUUUGGAUGCACUCCUUGUUUCUGUUUCGGACAUUCGUCCAAGUGUCAAUCGGCACCUUCGUACGCUAGGUACACUCUGGAGAACAGUUUCUCCAAAGGUGCUGAGAAAUGGCGGGCCGAAGACCGUUCUGGUCAGAAUGUGGCUGUCAAGUAUGACAGGAUAACUCAGAGUAUUGGUGUGCAAUCUGAAAGAGACGAAUCCAUCUACUUCGUGGUACCAGAACGGUUCCUAGGAGACCAGAGAGCUUCGUACAACCAAAUCCUGGAAUUCUCCUUGAGAAUAGGUGACAGCAGAGCUAUUCCAACAGCUGCUGACGUCAUUCUGGAAGGGAGCGGUAAACGCAUCACCAUCAACAUUUUCGGUCAAGGCAAUCCCAUCCCUGGCAUACAGACUCAAACUUAUCAGUUCCGUUUGCAUGAGGACCCAGAAUACCAAUGGCAACCUAGAUUGAGCUCUAGAGAUUUUAUUUCCCUGCUUACCAACUUGACAGCCAUCAAAAUCCGCGGAACUUACUCACCACAAGGAGUGGGAUUCCUGGAAGACGCUAAAUUGGAGACAGCCCUGAAAGGAGGUCCGGGAGACUCGGCUCUAUGGAUAGAGUACUGCGAAUGUCCUACUGGAUAUAUUGGACAGUUUUGUGAAUCUUGUGCCCCCGGGUACAGACAUUUUCCAUCUCACGGUGGCUCGUUCUCAAACUGUAUUCCUUGCGAUUGUAACGGCCACGCUGACAUUUGUGAAUCCGAGACUGGAAAAUGUAUCUGUCAUCACAACACAGCCGGAGAGAACUGUGAAUUCUGCGCCAGAGGAUACUACGGCAACGCUCUGGCCGGAACCUCCGAGGAUUGUCUACCGUGCAACUGUCCAGACGGGGGCGCCUGUAUCCAGCUGGAAGAAGACGUCAUCAUGUGUACAGAGUGUCCCACUGGAUACACCGGCCCGAAGUGUGACAUUUGCGCUGAUGGUUACUUUGGGGAUCCCAGAGGUCUUUUUGGAGCUGCCAGGCCUUGUGAAAUAUGCGCCUGUAACGAAAACAUAGACACUAAUGCUGUAGGAAACUGUAACACUACGACAGGGGAGUGUUUGAAGUGUAUCUACAACACUGACGGUUUGCGGUGUCAAAAAUGUUUACCAGGCUACUAUGGAAAUGCGUUGGUUCUGCCUAAAGGCGAUUGUAAGAGAUGCGAGUGCUACCCGGUCGGUACUCAGCUGGACAAAAAUCAAGAAACUAUUUGCGAUCAAAGCACGGGGGCGUGCUUGUGUAAGCCUCACGUUGUUGGCAAGAAUUGUAAUCAGUGUGAAGAUGGGUACUUCAACCUUGGAAGCAACGAGGGAUGCGAGAGCUGUAGCUGUGAUCCCGUCGGAUCAUACAAUCAAACUUGCGAUGUUUACACUGGACAGUGUUAUUGUCGACCAGGCGUUACAGGACCAAGAUGCGAUCAUUGUGAAGUAAGGAAAUACGGCUUCUCGUACGAAGGCUGCAAAGAAUGCGACUGCGAUAGAAUCGGUUCCGUAGACCUCCAAUGCGGUCCCUCGGGCCAGUGUCCUUGCAGGGAGAACGUAGAGGGUCGAAGAUGUGACAGAUGCAAGGAAAAUAAAUACGAUAGACAUAGAGGCUGUCUUCCUUGUCCGGACUGUUACAAUCUGGUCCAGGACGCUCAUACAAGUCACAAGGGGAAACUGGAUGAACUCAAUGAUAUACUGAUAGAGAUUGAGAGUCGCCCAACUGUGAUUGCUGACCAGGAUUUCCCUAUACAGUUGACAGAACUGCAGGACAACAUCGACGAGUUCCAUAACAAGGUAAAAGAAGCGACCGGGAAUCACAGCGUGACGCAUCAGGUGGAAGACAUCAAAAGACGCAGCGGCGACGUUGCCAGGUCUCUGGAAACGGUCAGGGAAAACAUCGAUAUCAUCGAGCAGAGAAACGACGAUGCCGACAGGAAUAACAAGAACAGCGAAGUUGUCUUGGAGUCGUUGGAAGUAGCCUUGAAUGACAUCAGAUCAAACUUUGACACCAAAGCCCGAAAAGCCUUGGAUGACGCGACCAAAAGGAACGAUCUGGUUGGUCAGCAAUCAGGCAAGAUGACCAACAUUUCUCAAGAAGCCAGGAAGUUAGCCGAUCAGCUGGACAACCAAGCUGAAGCUUUGGUUGCAAAAGCUAAAGAAGCUAAAAACAAAUCGGUUGAGGUUUAUGAACAGGCCAAAAAAUCCAACACAGAUCAGGUUUCGGUCACUGAUCAAGCGAGAAAACUCAAGAAAGACAUCUACGAUGCCGAAAGGAAACUCAACGAAACUCAAUCUUUCACCGAAGAUGUUAACAAAAAAAGUAAACAAGUCAAAGAAGACGCUGUCAGACUCUUGAGCGAAGCCAACAACUUAGAAAUCCCAAAUGUCGACUUGCCCGCUUUGGAAAAACGAUCCGACAAAGCCAGAAGCGAAGCUGACAGACUGGAAAAACGACUAGAGGCACUUUUUAAAAAUAGUGAUGAAAUAAAGAAAAACAUUGAGGAAAAAACUAACGACGCUGGAGAACUUUUGUCCAAAGCCGAGGAUCAGCAAAGCGAGACCGAGGAACUGCUAAAUGACAUCCACGAAACGAGGGGUACGGUCAACGCCACUAUUAGCAGGUGGAACGAGUACUUUAACGACACUGAGAACAUCUAUAAAGACCUCAGAGAUUUUGAUAGUGCUACCAACAAGUCCAAAGAAGAAGCGGAUAGAGCUUUGAGUACCAUUCCGGAAAUCCAGGAUACCAUCGUGAGCACUCUGCUGGAAAUCGACAAUGCUAAGAACAAACUGGGCGAUGCUCAAGAAGAUGCUAACAGUGCUCAGGAAAAAGCCGAGAAAGCUAAGGCAGUUGGAGCAGAAGCUUCUGAAAAGUUAAAAGAUUUUCUUCAAACGGCUAAAGAUCUGGACGCAAAUGGAACUACUCUGGUCGAAAAUGCGGAAGAUAUGAAGAAAAAAGUCGACGAUUCUAAAGAACGGCUUCGAAAACUUUUGGAAAGUACAAGAUUUAACAGUAGUUUGGUGGAUGUAGCCAAGGAAAAGGUUGGAAAAGCUACCAAAGACACAGCGGACGUUUCGGGCAAGGUCGACGACCUCAUAGGUGACGUCCAAAAAAUCAUCGAAGACCUCCAAGGUGUCUCUCACGUCAACGACACAGAACUAGAUCAGAUGGAGGAGGAAAUUGAGGUUAUAGAGAGGAAAAUUGCCGACACAGGCUUGGAGAACAAGCUGGUCAAAUUGAAGGACGAACACAAGGCUCAGGAGAUACUUAUUGAGGACUACAAUGAGAGGAUUAAAGGUCUUAGAAGGGAUGUGGAGAAUAUUGAGCAGAUUGUUAAGGCUCUGCCUGAUGAUUGCUUCAGAAGAGUGGUUUUGGAGCCUUAGUGGAAUCUUAGAAGAUUAUUAA